GCUAGGGGCCCGGAUGGUGAGUGUGCGGGGCCCGGGCCGAGCAGACGCCAGCGCCGCGGGCUGCAACGGGCUAGCGGAGGGACGGGUUCUGACUCCUGUCCCGGACGGCAUGCUUGCAGCUUCAGUGAUUUAACGAGCCAGAGACAAGGAGCACGCACGUUUGCGGGCUCAGCCCCACCCAGCCCCGUCUGGCCGAGGACCUGACCCCAUGUUGCAGCAGUGGCGUGCCCAAGGUCACACGUCCCAGUGACGCACCAUGCCAAUCGUCGAUAAGUUGAAGGAAGCCCUGAAACCUGGCCGCAAGGACUCCACCGACGAUGGAGAACUGGGGAGGCUCCUGGCCGCCUCGGCCAAAAAGGUCCUUUUACAGAAGAUCGAGUUCGAGCCGGCCAGCAAGAGCUUCUCCUACCAGCUGGAGUCCUUGAAGAGCAAAUACGUGUUGCUGAACCCCAAAGCAGAGGGAGCCGGGUGCCGCAGGAGUGCGGAGGAGCCGCUGACCAGGAGACAGGGCAGCGAGCACCUGUGUGACAGCGGCGGUGACGGUGUCCCCGCCCCGCAGAAAGUGCUCUUCCCCAUGGAGCGGCUGUCCCUGAAGUGGGAGCGCGUCUACCGCGUGGGCGCCGGGCUGCACAACCUGGGCAACACGUGCUUCCUGAACUCGACCGUGCAGUGCUUGACCUACACGCCGCCGCUGGCCAACUACCUGCUCUCCAGGGAGCACGCGCGCAACUGCCACCAAGGAGGCUUCUGCAUGCUGUGUGUCAUGCAGAACCACAUUGUCCAGGCCUUCGCCAACAGCGGCAACGCCAUCAAACCCGUGUCCUUCAUCCGAGACCUGAGAAAGAUCGCCCGGCACUUCCGCUUCGGCAGCCAGGAGGACGCUCACGAGUUCCUGCGCUACACCGUGGACGCCAUGCAGAGGGCCUGCCUGGGCGGCUGCGCCAAGUUGGACCGGCAGACACAGGCUACUACCCUGGUCCAUCAGAUUUUCGGAGGCUACCUGAGAUCCCGUGUGAAGUGUUCGGUGUGCAAGAGCGUCUCGGACACCUACGACCCCUACCUGGAUGUGGCGCUGGAGAUCCGGCAAGCUGCGAACAUCGUGCGUGCGCUGGAGCUGUUCGUGAAGCCCGACGUCCUGAGUGGGGAGAACGCCUACAUGUGUGCCAAGUGCAAGAAGAAGGUGCCCGCCAGCAAGCGCUUCACCGUCCACAGGGCCUCCAACGUCCUGACCCUGUCCCUCAAGCGCUUCGCCAACUUCAGCGGCGGCAAGAUCACCAAGGAUGUGGGCUAUCCGGAAUUCCUGAACGUCCGCCCAUACAUGUCGCAGAGCAGUGGCGAGCCUGUCCUGUACGGGCUCUACGCCGUCCUGGUGCACUCGGGCUACAGCUGCCACGCCGGGCACUACUACUGCUACGUGAAGGCCAGCAACGGGCAGUGGUACCAGAUGAACGACUCCCUGGUGCAUUCCAGCAACAUCAAGGUGGUCCUGAACCAGCAGGCCUACGUGCUCUUCUACCUGAGGGUUCCAGGCUCCAAGAAGGGCCCCGAGGGCCCCGUCUCCAGGGCGGGCUCCGCCCUUGCUGGCCGCCCCGGCAUCCUCCCGGACCACGGCAAGAAGAACGUGAGCAAUGGGGCUGGCUCGUCCCCACUGACUGCAAAGAGACCGGACCUGGCGACCAUGAGGAAGCCGCAGACCACGGAAGAGACGGGUGUGCCCGUGUCCAGGAAGGGGACCCUGUCGGGCCCGAAGGCUCAGAAUGGACACGUUCCUCCAAAGCCGCCCUCGGGGUCCCCUUCUCCCCGACUUCCCAAAACACCCACACCCCAGCCAACCAUUCUGGAUGAGCCUGGAAAGAAGGUCAAGAAGUUGGCUCCCCUGCAGCCCCACCGCUCCCCGCCCCUCAGGACUUCUCAGGGGCUCCACGGUGCCGGUGCCCAGAGCAGCGGCAGGCACGACGGCCACAGGCCGAGCUCCUGGGACAGCAGGGGCGCCGGCCUCUCUACCUCGCCCAAGCUGCCGGCCACGGCCCCUGUCAAUGGGCACAGGCUCGGGGCCACCGCCCUUGACACAGGGGACUCCAGCAGUUCCAGCCCCGAGCGCUCGGCCGGCAGUGACCCUCCCCGGCCCCCCUCGGCCCCCCGGAGCGGGGCUGCCCGCCUCUGUGAUUCUCAGGGAAGGACCCCCAUGGCCGGCCCCCCCAGGGCACAGCCGACCGGGGACGACGCGAAGGUGGUGAAGCCGCGGUCCCCCGUCCUGAGCAACGCCGCCAUGGAGCCCGCCAGCACCACGUCUCCUCCGCCAGCCAAGAAACUGGCUCUUUCUGCCAAGAAGGCCAGCACCCUGCGGAGGGCCCCCAGCACUGACCGCCGCACACCCCCCUUCCCACCGCCCUCCGACUUCACCCACCCCAGGAAAGCCACUCACCCCGCCGUUGUGUGCACCCGGCCUGCCGGUCCCAGCAGGUCACCCAGCCAUCUGAAGCCACCCCUCGGCCCCCUCUCUGCGACACUGCCCAGCAGCCCUGAGCCUCUCGGGACGCCCACCGCUGCUCCCCUGCCUCAGGUCAACGGGGGCUUCCAGGCCGCUCCACACCAGCUGCCAGGGGCCAGCGAGUCCCCCCAGGGCUUCUCGAAGAAGAAACGGACUCUCCUGGGAGAGAUUCAGGGGCAGGGUUCAGAGAUUGGGAAGGCAGCGGUGGCCCCUCCUGGGAAGAGGAAGAGGAGGAAGAGGAAGCGCCCAGAGGACUCGGACGCCCAUCCCCCGCUGAAGGGGCAGCACUGGAGCCCCGAGCCCAGGAAGGAGUGUUGGGCAGAGCCGCCUGCGGAGAGACUGGAGGGAGAGGGUGGACAGCAGCGAGUGAAUGGCCAGGGCCCUGUGAACGGCUGGCAAGCGGAACAUAGGACAGACAGCCCCCACUCCAGCAAGAAGAGGCGGCGGAAGGGAGUGCAGGCUGCUGGCAGCCGAGCCUGCCUUCACCAGCACCCACCUCAGCCCAGGAGCUGCGCUCCCUCGGAGGGCCCUGAGCCGGAGACCACUGCAGCGUCUCCGAGGAGAAAGAAAAGGAGGAAAGGGAGGCCGGAAUCUCAGCAGGAAGCAGCAGAAGAGGAGCACCCGGACAGCAGGGGCGAUGAGAGGCAGAGGGGCCCCGGGGACCUCGCAGGGCUGCGAAGGGCCCCCCUAGUGUCCUGCCACCAAGAAGAGCACAGCGGCGACGUGCUCCGGGAGCUGCUCCGGUGCUCGUCGGACCAGGCCUACGGGAAGAAAGUGCUGACCUGGAACGGGGCGGUGUCGGCCGUCAGUCUGGACGCCAUUCGAGACAGCAGGCUGGCCCGCGCCUCCGCCGUGACCGACAGCUGGGACGAGGAGUUCGACCGCGGGAAGGAAAAGAAAAUUAAGAAGUUCAAGAGAGAGAAGAAGAGAAACUUCAAUGCCUUCCAGAAGCUUCAGAACAGACGGAACUUUUGGUCUGUGACUCACCCAGCCAAGGCUGCCAGCCUCAGCUACCGCCGCUGAGCUGCUGCUGCCCAGGCCGGUCAGUUCGAGAUACUCGUGGAGACGGGCCUCCGUUCCCGGGAGCCGUCCCUGCUGUGGACUCCACGGCUGGGUCUCCGAUUGCCCCGCGCUGGGCGCUGCUGCAGAAGGACGCACACGGAGGCCCCAGCCCCUGCGGUCAGGACCCCGGUGGCACGGCACGCCAGUGACAAAGCACACAGCCACCUGUGGGGCCAGCGGCAGCGCUGCGGAGCGCCUGGACGGGGCGUCUGGUCCGGGCUGUGGGGGAGAGCCGGGGAGGAUGGCGACCUAACUCUGCUCCUGGUAGCUGGCGCUGCUGCCCUCCCUGUCCCCUCGGCAGGGCCCUGUCUGUAUGCCUUACCUGUCCCCCCGCGGAAACCCAGCCCAAGCCGGGCCUGACAGCGCCUCUGUCCCUUGCGGGGAGCAGGGCUCUGUCCUGGGAGCAGGCUCCUGUUUGGGGCGGGCCGGGACCUCGAACCGCCAUGCCACGCAUCUGCUCACCUGGCCGCUGCUUGCUCUGGGGGCCUUUCCCGAACCUCCCCUGCAGCCACGGAGGCCGAGGGUCUUUAUCCGGGUGGGGGUGUUGGGGUGGACUCCUCCCUCACUGCUUCACACGAACCCGUCACGCCGACCGAGCCCGCGGAGCCCGUCGGCAGCGUGCCCCCUUUCCCCCGCUCGGAGGCCGGCCUCGUGCACCCGGUUGUGCUUUUGAAUUCAAGCAGCUGUGUAACCCCAGGGCAGCACCUCCCUGUCUGGUGAGCCUUGCCUGUGAACUUGCAAAUGAACAAUUAUGGGAAACCCUCGGCUUCUGUCCCCUCUCCCUUCCUUGGGGCACGUCGUGCAUGGUGCUGGGCCGUGGGCCGGGUGGACCAUCCUCCUCAGCCUGAGGCCGCCCGGUGCCCUGGUGUGGCCUGGCACCCUCCCCACAGCCUUGCCCUCGCUGCGGGGUCUCCAGUGGUAUUGAGAAAGUGUCACAUAUUUUAUACGGGAGGCGUGUUCACUUUUUCAUGGGAGCAGCUCUUUCUGAAAAGGUGGGGAGGAGGAGCAGGGAAAAGUCCUGCUGUCUCCUAGACCGGCACCUCCCCCCAUGUUUCCCCGUCCUCCUGGGAACCAGUCCCUUCCUCCUCGGCCACGUCAUUGUGAAACCUUUUCCUGAGGAAGUGUGUCGUCAUCCUGUGGGCCGUGUCCCGCCCCAGCCUUGGCUUUCCACAGCCUUUACAGCCGUCAGAAGCGGGCCCGCCCCUCCCACGUCAUCGUCAGCCACAGGGACAGGACAGGGUGGGCCCAGAGACCCAGUCGCGACGUGGGCGACACAGACACACGUGAACACACGUGUGAACAACUGCAGCUUUUACGAUCGUGGUGACUUGGUCAACUCGUGGUCUGGGUUUCAUCUAACUUUCAGCUCAGAGUGGGGGCCAGGCCUGUGGGAGGGGCCUCCUCCCCGUGUCAGCUGUCACCUCACCCGCCACUGUGUGCAGGCCCCUGUGCUCCGCGCCUUCGCUCGGGGGCUGAGCAGCCCCCGCUGUGGCCAAGAUCUCGGUGCAGUAAAGUACCGAGUUUUUGUGA